AGCGCCCCUUUGACUGACGGGCCUUGUGUGGGCCUAUUGAGGCCUGUGAAGCCACGGACUGGGAGUUGUAGUUCGCCCUCAACCGGGGACACUGGGACCCCCACCCAGGAUGGGCCCGGACCGCCCUCGGCACACGGAGCCCCCAAGGUGCCAAUCUUGUGGAACUCAAUUUUGAUUAAAAAGAAAAAGGUAACACUCACGUGUCUGUAUCACAGUCAAUCAUACACAUAACUGUCAACAUGGAGGAGAAACCCUUUACAUGUCUUGAGUGUGGAAAGAGCUUCAGUUCGAGGAGCAAUCUGCUACGGCAUGAAAGGACUCACACUGGGGAGAAACCCUUUGAAUGCCUGGAGUGUGGACAGAGCUUCACUCAUCGUUCAGGCCUACGUCAACAUCAAAGGACUCACACUGGGGAGAAACCCUAUAAAUGCCUGGAGUGUGGACAGAGCUUCACUCAAAGUUCAGGUCUACGUAAACAUCAAAGGACUCACACUGGGGAGAAACCCUAUACAUGUCUGGAGUGUGGACAGACCUUCACUCGUAGUUCAGGACUACGCUCACAUCAAAGAACUCACACUGGGGAGAAACCCUAUAAAUGCUUGGAGUGUGGACAGAGCUUCACUGAUCGUUCAGGCCUACGUAGACAUCAAAGGACUCACACUGGGGAGAAACUCUAUACAUGUCUUGAGUGUGGACAGAGCUUCACUCAUAGUUCAAGCCUACGUUCACAUCAAAGGACUCACACUGGGGAGAAACCCUAUAAAUGCCUGGAGUGUGGACAGAGCUUCACACAUAGUUCAGAUCUACGUAAACAUCAAAGGACUCACACUGGGGAGAAACCCUAUAAAUGUCUGGAGUGUGGACAGAGCUUCACUCGUAGUUCAGUUCUGCGUUCACAUGAAAGGACUCACACUGGGGAGAAACCCUAUAAAUGCCUGGAGUGUGGACAGAGCUUCACUCGUAGUUCAGGCCUACGUUCCCAUCAAAGGACUCACACUGGGGAGAAACCCUAUAAAUGCCUGGAGUGUGGACAGAGCUUCACUCGUAGUUCAAGCCUACGUUCCCAUCAAAGGAGUCACACUGGGGAGAAACCUUAUAAAUGCCUGGAGUGUGGACAGAGCUUCACUUAUAGUUCAAAUCUACGUAAACAUCAAAGGACUCACACUGGGGAGAAACCAUAUACAUGCCUUUAGUGUGGACAGAUCUUCACUCAGGAACCACAUCUACAUACACAUCAAAGGAUGCACACUGGGAGAAACCUUAUACAUGCCUGGAGUGUUGAAAAGCCUUCACUUACAAUGUAAAUCUACGUUCACAUCACAGGACUUUUCAUGACAACAAUAGGGGCAUAUGUCAAGUGUCAGAUUUAUGAAUGAGAAUAAGUGGUACCAAAGGCAGAAGUGUGCUUGUAUAGGAUUGUCUACAUGGAGUAGAAUCAUACGGUAUAAAAAACAAUGAAUAGAGAGUGUGAAGUUUAUAAAAAUAGAUCCAUUCUUGUCUAUUUUUUGUUUGUUGGUGUAGUUUGUGUCUAUGUAGGUAUGUGUUUUGUUGAUAUUUGUUUCUAAUUUAGCUUUGUUCUUUGUUGUAGUAGCUAGUUAGUUAGCCACAUAAGUUUAGCAUCAUACAUUAUAUAAUUUCUCCUUUAUGCAAUAUUAUUGUUUUUACUUAAAAAUAUUUUCUAAAAGGUGGCAAAUUUAGAUAGGUUAAAAAUUCUGAGACUGGAGUGGCAGAUAGAUGUGAUUUUAGACCAUGUGGAGUUUACUGCCCAAUUUAUUUUGCCUUUAAGGUUGGCCGCAUAGCUCUGGAGUUGAUUGUUAUCCUGUCAGUGAUGCAGAAAGUAGACAUCCCCAGAACUUCUGCCUGCCAGCCGGGAUUAUAUAAAUCCUCCUCUGCCUAUCUCACAUGAAUUAUCCCGUUCUCAAUUUGUGCUGGCUUAUCGAUAAAUUGAGUGGCAACCCUUCAGUUGAGCUCGGCAGCGCAGCUACUCGGCUUUAUUUACACAAGCAUAUAUCCCAGGGUUGUUCACACAGCUGACUAUGGUAGUGAAAUACAGUAACACCCCAAAUCCACAAACGGGGUUUAUUGGGCCUACUAUAAAGGCACCAAAAUAUACCCUGCAAGAUUUCAAAGUUCCGUUGGCUUUUCUAUUAGGCAAAGACAUUAGAAGUCAUACAGCAAAAGGAGAAGAAUAAGGCCAUUGUGAGUGUGACAGGCCCACAGUUUGUCAAGGUGUUGGCUUUGUUAAUAUCAGGCAAGGUAUUAUUUAUCUUCAUUUGGGCUCAGUGAGACAGUCAUAAGAUCCGGGCAAUAAAAAGGGAGCUUGAGAGCCAUGCUGCUUCUGCCCUGGAUGAGGUAGUCGAGAAUAGCUUGCUCUCAACCACUAAAUGGGCAGAGCCUUUCAAGCGUUAUUCGUGGAUUUGUUAAUGCUAAUUAAUUAGGGAGAUAAGUUUCCCCUGGCCUGCUUCUAAAGCUGAGAGAGUGUGACUGGGACAAGGUCAGGUCAGAGAUUCUGUAGCUGAGCAGGGAUUUAAACGCUGGUCUCCAGAGUCAAUAGUCCAAGUGCUGCAUCAUGCUGGUGUGAAGACUGUAAUGGCCACGAGAGAGAAGGGUCUUACAGUUGGAUGGACUCGGUCAAAGGCGCUUUGGCCGCUGCCUUGGCUUUGCAAAGCCUGAGCAGGACGGGAGGAUACAGUGGCCUGGAGGCCGCUCCGUCAUGAGAUCACCACAAGUUCAUCUGAUGGCUGUCAGUGAAGCAUCAACUAUGGCGUUGGAUAAUCAUCAGCAUAGAAAAAAGACGAGGAACUACCCUCCGGAAACUUACCGGUACAUUGGUAAGCAUUUAAAGUGGAUGAAAAUUUGUUGAUAAUAAGUUUUGAUAUUAUUGAUAUACCGUAACUUGAAACUGUUUUGGAUUCUGGAGAUGACCAUGUUAUUGCUAAGUUGUAUAAACUUUUGUUGAAACAUAAAAUGGAGGAGGUGAAAGAUUGUGUGGUCAAGUGGGCACAACAUUUUGGUAAACAAAUACAAAGGGAACAAUGGGAAAGGGUCUGGACAAAGAGUGUGGAAUUUACACUGAGUAAAACUACUUUUUAUAACAUGAUGUAUAGAUGAUACCUGACACCAGAAAGGAUGGCGAAGAUCUGUAACAACAGUUCUAGAUUGUUGGAAAAGUGGGGGAAAGGUGGGCACUUUUUAUCAUGUGUGGUGGUCAUGUAAAAAGGCCCAGAAAUACUGGGCACAAAUACAUAUGAUUUUAGAAGAAAUGGUUAAAGUCAAAUUUGAAAUGAAACCUGAACUCUUAUCUGCUUGGGAUUUGAGAUGAACAACUCGACAGGAAAUGUGGGAGGUGAUCGCUAUAGGUGAGAACGGAAGCAAGAAGGACCUGCGCUUAAAGAUGGAAAGACUCUGUCAGAAAAUGACUGUCUUACGAAAAUGUGAUUCUGUCAGAAAAUGAUUGGCUUACGAAAAUGUGAUUCUGUCAGAAAAUGAUUGGCUUACGAAAAUGUGAUUCUGUCAGAAAAUGAUUGGCUUACGAAAACAAGUGAGUUUGUGGGAAUGAAGAGGCUUACUACGUUGACUGAGGAGAAAUCUCUCACUUAAGAAAUUGAUUGUGUUCCUCCAGCAACGAUGGGGCCAAAUCUCCAUCACUGUCUGUUUGUUUGGGACUAGAAGUUUGUUACUAUACGAGAAAGGACGUACCAAGGGUUGCUUUUCCCUAAACGGGUGUAGAAAACAGAGAGAAUUUAACAACCAGACAGAGAAUGCCAGGUCCUUACAUUAGAUAACGUAGAUUGUUUGUAGUUAUUGGGGGUUUUUAUAUAUAGGAUAAAGUAGUAUUAUUCUAGAAACAGUAUUUUUAAUCUCUUGUUGAUGAUGAUGUUGUUUUGUUUUUCUAUAUCUAAAUAAAGACAUGAAUCAAA